UUAAUUUUAUCUCUGACUUAGCAUGACUGCUAUCUUCCUGAUGUCCAUUCUUUUCGGCCUUGCAUGUGGACAAACGAUGUCUUUUUGUAUUCCAACUGAGUAUACAAUGCACGUCGACAGGACAGAGUGUGCUUAUUGCCUAACCAUCAACACCACCAUCUGUGCUGGAUAUUGCAUGACACGGGAUAUCAAUGGCAAGCUGUUUCUUCCCAAAUAUGCCCUCUCCCAGGAUGUUUGUACAUAUGGAGACUUCAUCUACAGGACUGUAGAAAUACCAGGGUGCCCACACCAUGUCACUCCUUAUUUCUCCUAUCCUGUUGCUGUAAGCUGUAAGUGUGGCAAGUGUAAUACUGACUAUAGUGACUGCACACAUGAGACCAUCAAGACAAACUACUGCACCAAACCUCAGAAGUCCUAUCUGGUGGGAUUUUCUGUCUGAUUUUGAUAACGAUAUAAUUUCCAAUUUGGCUAAAUGUGUUUACCUGGAAUAAAACAAAUAAAAUAUCAUUAUGUUUCACAAUACUGUGUGUGUUUUCUGAGUGCC